UGCUAAACAUCAGUUGAAAUCUGUCAUUUCUGAGCCAAGCUUCCAACAUGAAGGCGUAUUUUGGAUAUUUUGUAGUGAUUUUUGCAUUUGUGUGCCACGCCAGCGCACAAGAUGAAACUGUGGAUUGCACUAAGCCGCCACGUUUUGUUCCGCCCCACAUGUGUUGUCCAGUGCCAGAUGUCAGUACUGAUGAACUGAAUGAGCAAUGUGCGGAAUAUAAUAAACCGCCACCACCACCGCCAGUGGGACGUGGCGGUCCACCAAAGUUUGGCCGUCGUCAUCAUCCGCACCAUCCACCUCCAUGUGUGAUCGAUUGCAUUUUCAACAACACCGAAGUUAUGGGGGCAAACGGCGAGCCCGAUGUUGACAAAUUUAGCGCGUUACUCGACACAGCCGUACAGGAUAAUGAAGAAAUGGCUGCCGUUAUGGAAGAAUCAUUCGAGACUUGCGUCGGGAUGCUCAGCGAGUUGAAGGCUAAAAUAGCUGAAAAAGCCAGCAAACACCCGGAAUUUGCGGGUAGAAUGGGCAAUUGUUCGCCAGUAAGCGGCAUGCUGAUGAUGUGCGUCAAUAUAGAGACUUUCAAAAAUUGCCCGGCCUCUGCUUGGAAUGACAGUACAGAAUGUAAUGCAACUCGUGACUUCUUUAAGCAGUGUAAAUUUCCCAAAGACGGCAAUUAAAUGAAGGAAGUUGUUUACCUAAAUUUCAACUACAUAUACAUAUAUGUAUGUAUAUUAUCGUAUUAUUUAAGAGAGCAAAGAAAGUUGGUGGAAAUAAAAGUCUUACGAAUAUUAUUAAUUGA